GGCAACAGUGUCGGUUACAGAGGAUGAACCGCAGCGCACCGCUCUGACGGCACUGGUCAAAUAAACACGAACAUUGCGUCGAAUGUAAUAAAAUACAGUCCAGGACUCUUCUUCAUAUAGUCUGCUAUAAAUUACCUACGAGAAAGUGGAGAGUUUGAUUACGAAGACUAUGGACGAACAGCAAGAAGCGAUUUCAGAUCAGGGAAAGUAAAACGGACCAGGAGAAGGUGCCCUCUCUUUGCUUUGAGUCUGAUUAUCGGACUGUCUGGUCUCCAGCUCUUCUGUGUCUGGUUGUCUGGUUCAGGCGAGCAGUGAUCUUCCAGACAUCUCCAGGGACUGCAGCCCGUGGUCUGAGGAGGAGUCAUGGGGCCGGUACGGGCCUACCCAUUAGCCCUGCCUGUGCUGGCUGUUCUGGGCCUCAUUAUCUGCGCAUGGAGCCUCAACCCAGAUGACCCCAAUGUCUGCAGUCACUGGGAGAGUUACGCAGUGACUGUUCAAGAGUCCUAUGCUCAUCCUUUUGACCAGAUCUACUACACCAGGUGCACCGACAUCCUCAACUGGUUUAAAUGCACCAGACACAGAACCAGCUACAAGACAGCUUAUCGGCGCGGGGUGAGGACCAUGUACCGUCGCCGUUCACAGUGCUGUCCCGGCUACUUUGAGAGUGGAGACUUGUGUGUCCCACGAUGUACCGAGGAGUGCGCCCAUGGUCGGUGUGUGUCUCCUGAUACGUGUCAGUGUGAGCCAGGCUGGGGAGGACUGGACUGCUCUAGUGGUUGUGAAAGUGGCCACUGGGGGCCCCACUGCAGCAACCGCUGUCAGUGCAAGAAUGGGGCACUGUGUAACCCCAUCACAGGAGCCUGUGUCUGCACAGACGGCUACCAAGGCUGGCGCUGUGAGGAUCAAUGUGAGCCUGGCUACUAUGGCAAGGGCUGCCAGCUGCAAUGUCAAUGCCUCAACGGUGCCACCUGCCACCACGAGACGGGGGAAUGCAUAUGUGCACCAGGCUACAUGGGCCCCAUAUGUGGAGAGCGCUGUCCCUCUGGAAGUCACGGCCCACAGUGCGAGCAGCGCUGCCCCUGUCAAAAUGGAGGAACCUGCCAUCACAUCACUGGAGAAUGCUCCUGCCCUGCUGGAUGGACGGGGUCUGUGUGCGCCCAGCCAUGCCCAUUCGGAAAAUAUGGGAUCAAUUGCAGCAAGGAAUGCUCAUGCCGCAAUGGAGGACUGUGUGACCACAUCACAGGACAGUGCCAGUGUAUGGCAGGAUACAGUGGCCACAGGUGCCAGGAAGAGUGUCCGGUUGGCACCUACGGACCCCAGUGUGCCCUCCACUGUGACUGUCAGAAUGGGGCCAAGUGUUACCACAUCAACGGAGCGUGUUUGUGUGAUACAGGAUUUAAAGGGCCUCACUGCCAGGACAGGUUCUGUCCUCCAGGACUAUACGGUCUCAUCUGUGACAGAUACUGCCCCUGUAACUCCACCAACACACUCAGCUGCCACCCCCUGACAGGUGAAUGCUCGUGUACAGCGGGAUGGACGGGUCUAUACUGCAAUGAGACCUGUCCCCCGGGUUACUAUGGAGAAGGAUGUAGUGUGCCGUGCCAGUGUGCUAAUGGAGCAGACUGCCACGGUCUCACUGGGGCCUGUAUCUGUGCCCCAGGCUACACAGGAGAUGACUGUUCCCAAACCUGCCCACCUGGGCUAUACGGUACUAACUGCACUUCCACCUGCCACUGCCACAACCAGGCGUCCUGCUCACCAAUCGAUGGCUCCUGCAUCUGUAAAGAAGGUUGGCAAGGUGUCGAGUGCUCAAUCCUGUGCUCCAGCGGGACGUGGGGUUUGAGCUGUAACCGGACUUGUUUGUGUGCCAAUGGUGCAGCUUGUGACCCAAUCGAUGGCUCCUGUACCUGUUCUUCAGGCUGGAGAGGGGAACGCUGCCAACAGUCAUGCCCUGAUGGCACAUACGGGCUGGAGUGUCGCGAGCGUUGUGACUGUAACCACGCUGAUGGAUGUGACCCUGUGAGUGGAUUCUGUCGCUGUCUGCCAGGAUGGACAGGCAUCCACUGUGACAGCAUCUGCCCUCAAGGCUUCUGGGGGCCUAACUGCUCCAUGACCUGCUCGUGCCAGAAUGGAGGCUCCUGCUCUCCUGAAGACGGAACCUGCGUGUGCGCUCCUGGCUACCGUGGGACUUCCUGCAAAAGAAUUUGCCCUCCUGGUUUCUAUGGGCACCGCUGCAGCCAGUCAUGCCCACAGUGUGUGCACAGCACUGGGCCAUGCCACCACGUCACGGGUCACUGUGAGUGCCUGGCCGGCUUCUUCGGCUCACUUUGCAACCAAGUGUGUCCCAGUGGCAAAUUCGGGAAAGCCUGUGCUGAGAUCUGUCUGUGCACUAACAAUGGCACCUGCAACCCCAUUGACGGCUCUUGCCAGUGCUUCCCAGGUUGGACUGGAGACGACUGUUCACAGAUUUGUCCCAUAGGCCAGUGGGGCCCUGACUGCUUGAACUCAUGUAACUGUCACAACGGAGCCCAAUGUAGUGCCUACGAUGGAGAGUGCAGGUGCAGCCUGGGCUGGACCGGCCUCUACUGCACGCAGCGCUGUCCCUCAGGGUUUUAUGGGCGAGACUGUGCAGAAGUGUGCCGCUGUCAAAAUGGAGCCGACUGUGAUCAUAUCACUGGCCAGUGUGCCUGUCGGACUGGCUUUAUUGGGACCAACUGUGAACAGAAGUGUCCUCCCGGGACAUUUGGCUAUGGCUGUCAGCAGCUGUGUGAAUGUAUGAACAACGCCACCUGUGACUAUGUGACCGGAACGUGCUACUGCAGCCCGGGAUACAAAGGAAUCCGCUGUGACCAGGCGGCUCUAGUGAUGGAGGAGCUGAACCCCUACACUAAGAUCAGUCCCGCUCUGGGUUCAGAGCGCCAGUCCGCGGGUGCUGUCAUGGGCAUCAUCUUCCUGCUCCUGAUCAUCAUGGCCAUGCUCAGCUUGUUUGUUUGGUUCAGACAAAGACAGAGAGACAAAGGCCAGGACAUGCCUAGUGUCUCAUACACACCAGCCCUGCGUGUCACCAACACUGACUACUCCCUCUCUGAAACAUCUCAGAGCAGCAGCAGUGGCCAGUGCUUCUCCAAUCCCAGCUACCACACUGUGGCACAGUGCAACAUCUCAUCCUCCAUCACAAACAACCUGGACGGCACUCUCACUCUUAAGAAAGGAGACAGGAACAGUUCAGAAUGGAGAGCGUACUGCAAUCUCAAUGACCUGGGAGUAUCAAGAGGAGACACACUUACACUGAGGGACAACAAAACCACCCGAAUGGCCAAAGAUUACAUAAAGGCCUCCAUGUGUAGCUCCAGCUCAUGCUCCCUAAAUAGUGAGAACCCGUACGCCACCAUCCGAGAUCCACCCAGCCUGGCCUGCAAGCACACUGAAAGCAGCUACGUGGAGAUGAAGUCUCCUGCGCACAGAGACCUGACCUUCUGCUCUAGCACUAGCACAACCCUGACCACUGCCAGCAGGAACGUUUAUGACGUGGAACCGACAGUGAGUGUUCUUCAGGGACCCAAUGGCCUGGCGACCGGAUUCUCCCAGAGUCCCUACGACCUCCCGCGGAACAGCCACAUUCCCAGCCACUACGACAUCUUGCCCAUGCGCCACAGCCCCACACACACCCCACCCCCUCCAGAGAGCCCCCCGAGCUCCCUGCUGUAGAGCCCAGUCCUGCCCCAAAAACACAGACGCAAGACUGGCAGCUCCAAGACCUCGUUUUUUUUACAGUCUCAACCUCCGUUUCUCUUCUUAUCUCUCUUCCUCUCCAACACACAUUCAAGUACAGAUGCAUGAGUAGAUUAACUGGACAUGACACAGGUGGAGAUCGUAUUCCUCUUUCCGUUGAGUAAACGAGGAUUGUGGGAAAUGAACUGUAUACCAGAACAAGAGCUCCAGAUUUGGACACCAGCGAUUAUUCAUCAUCCCUCUCAGAGGUGUUUUAUAACAAGCUGUGCAUAUAAAAUCAGGAAAUACAAGUGUAGAAAAGCAUUCUUUGCUUAUAGGUCAAUGAAAAGACUUUUGGAGGGAAUAAAGAAGCAUUUGAGAGGUUUUCAUGGAAACAUACUCACUAUGUUGAUUCUUAAAGACUAGAGCUCCGCACACUGGAACAGAUAAUCAAUGCGACUCAAUGAUCCAGAACUUGUAAUUUGGAGUUGGCAUCAAUCUCGAAACCGAGAGCCGGGGUGACAGUGAGAGGGCAGUCCUCUUUUUUUCACCCCUGAGCUUUUAGUCUGGACCUUAGAGACAAAAGCAUGGUUUAAAAUAAGAAAUAUUAAGAGUUCUUAUUGCAUAGAGACGGUUACCAUUAUGAGAUGAGGAAGUACCGACCAUGACUUUAAUACUGUACAUUCAUCUACCGCUCAGAAAUAUUUAUAAAGUUUAUGAGGAGAGCCUGGGGUCAACAUGAGCUCUGUGAUACUGUACUACACUGCUCAUUUGUGUAACAACCUGGUGCUUUCUAUUGUACUGUACAUAGAAGUUUAUGACUGUUGCUAUCAGUUAAUUGGGUGUGUAUGUCUUAUGAAUUGGGAUUAAGUUGUGUAACACUUUCAAAGCUAUCACGUUAAGUUUUUCUUCUUUGUAUGUUUACAUUUUUAAAACAUCUGUUAGCAAGCCUUGAAAGGUUUUUAUUUUGUGGUUAUGUAUUUAUGAUGUUUAUUUAUACCUUGUUUGUGCAAGUGAUGUUUUUCUUUAUAGUGUAAAAGUUAAACAUAUUUAAAAAGGGGAAAAAAAGUAGCAUGAACAAAUGAAACCCAUAGUGACCAAUUAUUUUCAUGUGCUUGUGCUAUUCGUGCACAGUAUUAAUAUAUAAAGUCGACAUUAUAUGUUAGUUCUUAUGUCAAAAUAGACUCCAUGACAGGACGAGACCUCAUACGUGUCCUAAAAACAGUAUAAAUAGAUUUGGAGACGUGUCCCAUUCCUUGUGUUUCAGUUUGUUUAAUGAUUGCAGCUUUGAUUUGAGUUUUGUGGCUGCGUAACAUCAUAAUAGCAAUAACAUAGUGACAAUCAUUCAUAAAUAAAAGGGGGAAAAAGCAUUUCAUCAAUCCUAUCAGCUCAGUAGUGGUUCCUCGUGCACUUUUAUGAAUUGUUCAAGAUCGCUCAAACUAUUUAAUGUUCUUACUGUUUAAUUGCUGCUUAUAAAAAUACAUAAAGUCCUAAUUUUUGAAAUCUGUUCGAAGAACAUUGGUUAAUUGGAUUGUUUGGCAGUCACAUAUUUUUAUGUAAUAACCACUAAACUGUAUAAUUGACUUAUCUUAAGACAUUUUACGUUACAUUAACCUUAAAGUUAAUCUUUAAAAACAUUAAAGGAUUAGUUCACUUUCAAAGUUUUACUCACCCUCAAGCCAUCCUAGGUGUAUAUGACUUUCUUCUUUCAGAUGAACACAAUCGGAGAAAUAUUAAUAAAUAUCCUGACGCAUCUGAGCUUUAUAAUGGCAGUGAGCAGGUUUCAUGAGUAUGAGCUGAAGAAAGUGCAUCCAUCUAUCAUAAACGUGUACUCCACACGGUUCCGGAGGGUUAAUAAAGGCCUUCUGAACUAAAGUGAUUAGUUUGUGUAAAAAAAAAAAAAAAAAAUCAUAUUUAACAAGUUAUGAAGUAAAAUAUCUAGUUUCCGCCAGACCGCCUUCCGUAUUCAACUUACGAAGAAAGUGUAAAACUCGCGGUUCAAAAAGCUUACGCUACGUCCUACGCCUUCACUAUUCAACUUACAGAAAAAGCUUAACUGACGCGACGCCAGUUUCGUUUUUUUCGUAACUUGAAUAUGGAUGGUGGUCUGGCGGAAGCUAGAUAUUUUACUUCAUAGGCCUCAUGUAUAAAGCGUGCGUACGCACAGAUUUGAUCUUAGAGUGUGUGUACGCUUAAAUCCACGCCAACGCUCAUAUUUAUAAAAACGGUCGAAAAGUGCUUAGAGCCACGUCAGGGUCUGAGCAGAUGUACGCACAUUUCCUGGUCAGAUUACUGCAGGUUUUUGGAAAUCUAAGCUAUUCUUGCAGCUCGCCAGGGAUUUGGACGAUGACUGGUGAUCUUUUAUAUGUAAAUGACAUUAACUAGGUGUCGUUUAAAACGCGGAGAACUGAAACCAUUCAGUUCAAGAUCGUUUGUGAUUUAUAGAUUUCACAUCUGAAAGAGAGGCGUACGCUCGUUUUCUGUGUACGUUCAUUCUAUGAAUCACACGUACGCACAUCUGAGAAAUGAUCGUAAGAUCAAAUUCAGGACGGUUUCUACGCAACAUUUUAUAAAUGAGGCCCCAUAACUUGUUAAAUAUGGAUAUAUUUUUUUCACAAACGCAUCACUUCGCUUCAGAAGGCCUUUUAAACCCCCGGAGCCGUGUGGAGUAUGUUUACGAUGGAUGGAGGCAAUUUCUUCAGCUCAUACUCGUUGAUCCCUCUCACUGCCAUUAUAAAGCUCGGAUGCGUCAGGAUAUUUAUUAAUAUUUCUCCAGUUGUGUAUAUCAGAAAGAAGAAAGUCAUAUACACCUAGAAUGGCUUGAGGGUGAGUAAAGCUUAGGCUAAUUUUCAUUUGAAAGUGAACUAAUCCUUUUAAGUGUAAUAUUGUUAAAUACAUUCAUUAGCAAAUUAAGUUUUUUAUAUAUUGUAAUUUAUAAUGUUGUGAUGCUAGAUUCAUUUAGUGUUUAAAUUUAUUUAGACAACAGAUUUUGAUAUAGUUCAUUUACCUUGAAAAUAAUAAUUUGGUGUGUCUGUACUGAACAUCAUCUGUCACAAAUAACUGCUCCCUUUCAAAUAAACCAACCACUUUUACUAAAUUUAGAAAUAAGGACGUAGUGGUCAUGCCUUAAGGAACUGAAAUAAAUAUGAUGUUGAAAAAUAAGGAAUAAAGUAACAGGGCAUAUCAGAAGUGGUUAAUGAGGUAAUAAAACUGUUACAUGACAACUCAAAGCUUUUAAAGAACGGUUAAACGAAUUAUAAGUAACAGAAAAACUUUGAAUUAACUACAUAUUUUAUUUGCUCUUUUAAAUUGGAAUUACAGUGGACAGAGUAAUAGUAUAAUCAUAACAAUACAAAAUAAAUCACAGUACAGUGCAGACAAAAGAAACAAAAAGAAAUAAGGUUCUCGAGGCAAUACGUGAAAGAUCCGACAGUCAGAAAAGUAAUAUCUGGGUAAUCUUACUAGGACACACCAGCUAUGUGCAGUGCAUGGGCAGGUCAUAGUUGUGCCAUCUGUACCCUCACAUCAUUGGCACCGGCCCCUGUUAGCACCAGAGACCCCUGCCUCUAGAGAACAGUCAUACAAUCAGGGUCCUAAAAGAACAGAAACGGACCCUAACGCUUGUAUAAUCACCAGGUCUUUUCCUUUUGAUGGCGAUAAGUACUGUAUUACCUCAAUGUGCUGCUUAUAAGAUCUAGGGUUUUACCUUAUAAGAUAUAGGAGACUCACUAAAAACAGUAAAAUGACUUGCAUGCAGUAAUGUCGGUUCAGUCUGAUUCAGUAAUUACAUUGCAGCCUUGAAGGGCCUUCAAUUCCACCUGGAAUGUGUUCUGAUACUGUUGAGAAUGAUCCAUGUUGUUUUACCUAGGGCUAGGGUAAUUAGAGUCAAAGUGAAAUUUGCAGAAAAAUAAACCAGUUCAGGGUUGCAGACUAAGACACUGAGGUCUACGGUAUUCUUCCACACCGAGGUCACCCGUGGUGACCGUUAUAUAACAUGCAUUAUUAGUUCAGUCUUUACUGAUAAUUUAUAUCACACUGAGUAAAUUUUAUUAGACAGCCAUUAAGCGAAGACGAGCAUCACAGCUUGUGGUAGUUUCCUCAUCUGCUGGAAUCAGGACAAAGACUUUUUGUAGGCUAAAACACAUAAUACAUUCAUAAAUUAUCACACUGUGUCUUAACGCUUAAGAGUCCCAUCACUUCGCCACGAAGAUUAAAGGCUAACGACUCGAUUCAAGUGACUACCACAGAAUAAAUACAAGUUACAGGUCUUAAGAUCAUUAACUGUAGUGGCGGGAGAUAUUUUACAUUCAGUGCAAUAAAAAGAAAGAGAAAGUAUCCAGUCUGUUCCCUAGAGUGCUCUCAUGUGAUGCGGCCGUCGGCUGGCCGCCAUUCACUGCUGCGUGUUUUUCCUGUUCCAACUUUAACGACAGAGUGUGACCUGCAAAAGUACAAUGGGUUUGAGGUUGUGGUGAUAGGAUAAUGUUACGUUUAGGGGAAGUCCGUUCCCUCAUUUCAUACUGAAUCGGUUUGUGGUAGUGUUUCAAAGAGAACUUGUGCCUGUUUGGGAAAUAAUCUUUCUGCGUUAUGACAUCAAUUAUUGUUUAUUACAAAUUGAACUUUUGCUAUACGAAGACAACAACUGAAAGGGCUGGUAAGACUACAUUACAGCGUGAUUCUAGCGUGUGAUGAAGGCCUCGCCGCACUGGCACGGACCGCUGAAGAGGUGUUUUGCGUUUGAAGCACAUGCACGAAAGCGUCCGUGUGUAACGUUCCAUCAAAAAAGGCACUAAAACCACUAUUCUACCUCGAUGCAAAUGAAGCACGUGAUGGCGAAGAGAAAACAGCGCAGUAGCCAUGUGCCUUAAGGCCUCUUCCAUUGGCCUGAUGGUGAAAUCAAGAACGCGAUGCCGCCCAGUGUCGAAUGCAUGAAGGGAGUGUACAUGCAAUGUAAACCACACUUGGAAGAUGGCUGAAAGGUGAAGGACUGUGGUCUUUGGGCCCUAAUCAUCAUCUAACAUCUAUCAGGUACAUCAUCUCUCUACAAUCACAACAUUAAAUAUAGCAAAACCUCCAAUACUGCACGUUUCUCCCCUCCACCCCAGACACGACAGUGACAAGGGGGGCUGCUACUAUAGACAUACAUGAGCGAACCUCACACGUUUGCGAAUGAAAUUAUAUAUUAAGACAUUUCAGUGAAGAUCGGCACAAAUGAUUAUUAAAAUUCUGCAAUAUAAAAGCCUACCAUGGCAGGAAGGAGGAAAAAAAAAAAAAAAACAA